GAAUCAGGAAAUAAUAGAACAAAAGGAAAACAGACCCGACCCAUCAGAUCAAUUAUCAUAAACAAAUCUUGUAAAACCAGACAUGAACAGCAGCCAGUUAUGAUUGAAUAAAAGCGAAAAUGGUGGAAUUUUUAUCUAGUUCUGGCUUAAAGCUUUCGCUUUUAAGAAUUUUAUAUUCUUUAGAGAUUUUACACCUGUUUGUCGCCGUGCACUACUGUGGGGCGGAAAAACUCGACGAGUACAUCCUGGACUACCAGAGGUUGUCGUUGGACAAUCUACACAGGAACCACGAACGUGUGAGGCGCUCGCUGGACAAGACGCUGAGGAUUAACUUCCGGGCUUACAACAGACAUUUCCCACUGCUUUUAAAGCCGGACCGAGAUAUAUUUAGUCCGGAUCACUUCCUGGAAGAUGGGCCGGACUUCGCGGCGCCUGUUGAUACGUCCUUUAUCUACUCGGGCCACGUGCAGGGCGUUCCAAAAAGUUAUGCUCAUGUGGCAAUCAUCAACGGCUCAAUGCGGGGCCACGUACACAUUCCUGGCGACACCAUCUACCACAUAGACGCCGCGGAGCAGUACUUCGACCGACCCAGUUUCCAUUCAGUCAUUUACCCCGAGUCUAGAAUGGACAAAGAUCCCUUCAGACACAAGCGUUCAUCGGAGAGUCUGGGAUCGUGCGGUGUGGACCACGUGAAGGACUGGAUGGAUAGGGUUGCCAGGUCGGCUGUUCCCGACGCAGACACGUCGCAUGCCAGGAGGAAGAGACACGACCAGGGCGUGGACUGUGCCCCAUUCGGCAGCGAACAGCCCAACGCCCACCAAGGCAACUACAUCAUGUUUGCCAGCGCCACCAUGGGCGACCGGCCCAACAACGAUGACUUCAGCACGUGCUCCAAGGACAACAUCACUCGCAUGCUGCACGUGGUCAUCAACGAACUCAACGGGAAACGGAACUGCUUCAAACGGUCACCGUGCGACAACUUCCGCGGCUACUGCGACGUGUUUCACAAGUGUCGCGGGGUGGAUGCAGACGGACCGCUGGCACGACUCAAGAACCUGAUCUUUGACCCUGAGACUUUGGAGAAUAUCCAGCAGUGGAUUGUGCACCACUGGUGGGCCGUCCUGCUAAUGGCGGUGGCGCUGAUCGUGGUAAUGGGGGCUUUCAUCAAGGUGUGCGCCGUCCACACCCCCAGUUCCAACCCCCGCAAACCCAAACAUCGUCAGCUCACCCUACCCCGCACGCUACAGCGGAGAAACAGACAGCGACGACAGCAACAGCAACAACAGCAACAACCGUCGUCGUCCGGUGGUGGUGGUGGGAGGUCGGUGCCUGCUGGAGGAGGAGGAGGAGGGAGGAGUGUGGGAGCAGGGAGGAGUGUAGGAGGAGGGAGCAAUAAACCCACCACUAGUGAGGUGCCUCAUAGUAGUCAGAUCCCAGAAGUCCUCCGUAAAUAA